AUGGAAAAAUGCUCUUCUGGAGUAGUUCUAAUUCAAAAGGGGGACAAGUUUAGUCAAAUGCAAUGUCCCAAGAAUGAUUUGGAACGAAAGGCCAUGGAGUCCAUUCCUUAUGCAUCAGUGGUUGGGAGUGUGAUGUAUGCUCAAACUUGUACUCGACCAUAUAUCAGUUUUGUUGUUGGAAGGUUAGGUCGAUAUCAAAGUAAUCCUGGAAUGGAUCAUUGGAAAGCUACAAAGAAAUUUCUUAGGUACUUACAAGGUACCAAAGAAUACAUGCUCAACUACAGAAGGUCAGAUCAUCUUGAGGUGAUUGGCUACUCGGAUUCAAACUAUGUUGGAUGUGUGGAUUCAAGAAAAUCCACAUUUGGGUAUGUUUAUCUAUUAGCUGGAGGAGAAAUUUCUUGA